AUGAAUAAAUUAAUAUUAUCAUUAAUUAUAGCAAUUGUUGGAGUUGUUGCAUAUGUCAAAGCAAUUCCAUCAGCUUACAGCAUUCCAAAUGUUCCAUAUCAUCGUCAAGAAACCCAAUAUAAUUGCGGUGAUGCAUCACUUCAAAUGGUACUCGAAUAUAAUGGAAGAAAAGUCGAUCAAAAACAAUUAGACGAUGUUGCUAGAACAUCAAACAAGGUGGGUACUUGUUCAUAUGAUAUCGUUAGAACACCAAGAUUUUCAAUUUUAAGUUCUACUCAAGGUACAGACGAACCAAAACACGAGGCUCAACAUGGUUUCAAAAACUACCCAUUGGGUUUAUUAUCAGUAGGUUAUUCAUCGGCAACCCUUUGGCUAGAUGAACUCAAGGCUUUAGUUGCUCAAGAUUUUCCAGUUAUUGUUUUAAUGGCAUAUUUACCAACUGAUCGUGGUGGUCAUUUCAGAGUUAUUACUGGUUAUGAUGAUAACAAUCAAAUUAUCAUGUCACACGACCCAUGGGAUCGUGAUGGUCAACCAAGAUUCUUCAAUAUGUCAUAUACUGAGUUUGUUGAUCUUUGGAAUUACGUUGAACCAGAAUCUCCACGUGGCACUCCAUAUAUGGGUGCUAUUAUGUAUCCACUUAAUGUCGAAUCUUCAGCCGAAUUGCUCUCUGGUAAUCAAACUAAAGUAACUGCUUCAUUCUCUUAUGAUAAUUAUUUCCCAAUCGAUAAUAUAAAUGCUACAUUACCAACUGGUUUACAAGCUUUAACAUCAAUUAAAUUACCAAAAGGUGUAGAGUUAUCACAAUCAACAGAAUUACUCAAUUCACAACAAAGCUCAUAUACUACAAGUUCAUUUACCCAAAAUUCAAAAUACAGUUUCUCAUGGAUUAUCGAAUGUGAUUCAACCAAUUGCGAUGGUUAUACAUAUGAAAUUACCACUGAAAUUAUCAUUACAGAUUCAUUACCAUACACAUACUUUAGAAAUGGUUUCAAUUUCCCAGCAUAUUCAUAUAUUGAUGCUGUUGGUACAACCAUUUCUGUAACUAUUUAA